UGGACCUCUCUCCCUCUCCUCUCCUCCUCUCUCCCUUCCGUCACACUCUUUCGAUCCUCGACACUUCUCCAUCUCCCUGGCCCUCUUUCUCUUCGUUAGUUCUCGUAGCUUCGGUCCUCGAAUUUCCAGUGGCCAUGUGACCUGUGACACUGACCUAAAACCCCACAUCGCCAGCAGAAGCUUCGAUUCGAUUGAAGGAGAAGAGAGGAGAGAGGGCAAGGGCAACAUUCUGUAAUCAGUGUGGCUCUGGCUGACGAUUGAGGAGCGAGCGAGCGAGGGAGCAGGCAAAGAUGGCGGGCGUGGAAUUGAAGCAGGGAGGGAUGGGGGAGAUGGGGGAGAUGGGGGAGCUGGAGUUCAAGAGCAAUCAGGAGGUGAGCGGAGUGGAUUUCGGGUACCAGAUGGUCGAGAGAUGGUGCACGAUCAACAGGGUGCCGUCGCCAUUCGGAGCGCAGACGCUGCACUUCGCUCCGGCGAGCACGAGGCACAGAAGCUCGCAGCAGAAGCAGAAGCAGCAGCGAUUGAGGUUCAUGUGCACGAUGCCGCAGGUGGGCACGAGGAGGAGCAGGAGGAGGAGGAAGCACGUGAUCUUCUUCUUCGACUCGGACGAGGUCGAGCGGCUGGCCGAGCGCCAUUUCCCGCCCUCGGUGGCGCUCAAGAACAUCGAGGACGACAUGCUGCGCCCGCUGACGGACUGCGAGGUGGCGCGCCUCAAGGUCGCCCAGCGCCACGCCACCUUCUACGUCUACGCCGUCAAAUGGCGGGGCCGCGCCUUCGAGCGCAUGCCCGAGCUCUGCGAUCUGCUGCUCCGCCUUCCGACCCUCCUCCCCGACGACGACCGCUUCACAUUCAUCCCUCGCCCGAAACCCGUCUCCGACAAAAUCGUCCUCGCGCCUCGAGCACCUUCGCAGCCGAUCGACAGCCGAUCCCGAGCCCAUCUUCGACCUCUGCCGAGCGAGGCCGAGACGAGCAAGCUGCUGAAAAUCUCUCCCAAGUGCCGAGCAUUAUGAGCUCCCAUCGACCGACCCCCGACCUUUGCACAGCUCCUGCAUCUGAAUCCAUCGUCCCAUUCGAGCGCUGAGUGCGGAGUGCGGCAAUUACCACCACCACCACCAUCGACAUCGACAUCGACAUAUGUACAUUUCAUCUCAUCAAUUGGACAGCAUCGACCAUCGUGUACAAAUUCGCAGAGUGCAGUUCUGAUCCAGCAGCGCACAGCAACAGCAACAGCAACAGCAACGAACGAAACGUAGAACGAAACUCAGAGCAGCAAAUGUUACGACAAUCAGAAAGAUAGAGCGUUGCAGCAGCAGAGCGUCCCCGGCACCUUGAGAUUGAGCGUCCAGGCCCCCCUCGUCGUCAUCUUGUAAAUCGUCGCGCAGCUUUUGUAGUAAGCCCACAGUGCAAGUCCUGGUCAUAGGUUCCGCCCAUUAUACAGUUUCAGAUCCCCCGUGUCUCUCGAUUUCUAUUCGAAGAUCGGUGGAGCUCUUGUGCUCGGCGUUUCUCUCUUGUAUAGUCAGUCUGUCAGCCCAUCAAUCCGUCAUUCAGUCUGUCUGUUCGUUUCUGUGCACAGCCGCCAUCGCCACGAGUCCAUAAAAACUUUAUGUUCCACAUGCUCGAGCCCUGUGCUCUCGUGUGAUAUAAAAUGCACCCGCACGACGCACU